AGAAAUAUUUUUUGUCAUUUAAUUCAGUUGAAAAUGGCUAAUUUUGCUUUAAUUGUUUUCGCAAUCUUUGCCUCACCCAUCGUGAGAGCUGAUGAUUGUGGUCAAAUUUUUGUGAAGGGUUUAACUAAUGAAGAAAAACAGUUGAUUGUCAAUAAACACAAUGAGAUUCGAUCUUGGAUUAUGCAAGGCACAGUACCAGGUCAGCCAAAAGGCAAAAAUUUAAAUAUUGUUGAGUGGGAUGAUUACUUGGCUUCUGAGGCUCAAAAAAUUAGUGAAACGUGCGCUAUGAAACAUCUUCCUGUGAAAGAUGAUCGAUUUUAUGUUGGCCAAAAUAUAGCAGCUUGGAGUAGUACUGCUUCAAAUAAUGAUUCUAAUCUGGAAGCCCUUAUUAUGAUGUGGUAUAACGAAUAUCCAAAAUUUAUUUAUCCAAAUCUUUCUAGUGAUUCUGGACAUUACACUCAAGUAAUUUGGGAUAAAACUCAGUAUAUUGGUUGUGGAUACACAUACUAUCGAAAAAGUGUAAACGAUUGGUAUGACAAACUUUUUGUGUGCAAUUACGGUCCUGGAGGGAAUAUUGUGGGAGUAGCUCCCUACGAGAAAGCAUGAAUAGACUGGACUUGGGGUUUGUUAUGUUGUACAGUUAUAAACUUUACAAAAUGAAAAUAAAUAAAUACAUAUUACGAAUAUAUAUACAAUUACUUUUGUGUUUUUUUUUAAAACUAUUUUUUUGUUGAAAUUGAUAUUUUAUAAAGAGUUUUGUACCAUGCAGGAAAAUAUAAGGCAAAA